AGGGAGGGGGACGACAGCGAGUAGGGGCUGCCUGCUUGGACGUGCUGACCAAAGUGCUCCUAAGGUCGCUGUUCGCCGAAGGGCCUUGCCUGUGUCGUUGGCGCGGGGCUCACGUGGGGUGCGCUGAAGAUUCAGGCGUCUUUGGUCACCAUGAAGCUGCUGCACCCAGCCUUGCAUAGCUGCUUCCUCCUGGCCCUGCUCAGCAUAUGGAGAACUGCUCCCGAGGCUUACGCUCUGACUGUGAAGACGCCAGCCAUCACUGCUGCCUCCUUCCUGCAGGAUCUCAUGCAUCGCUACGGUGAGGGCGACAGCCUCACUCUGCAGCAGCUGAAGGCCCUCCUCAACCACUUGGAUGUGGGGGUGGGCCGGGAAAACGUCACCCAGCUCAAGCAGGAACAGAGAAACCUCUCGAGGUGCUUUAGUUCUGGAGAACUCUUUGCUGCCCACAAGUUCAGCAACAAGUCACAGAUUGGGAAGAGUGAGUUCCAGGAGUUCUGCCCCACCAUUCUCCAGCAGCUGGAUGCCCAGGCCUGCACCGCUGAGAACAAGGAAAAUGAAGAGAAUGAGCGGACAGAAGAGGGAAAGCCCAGUGCACUGGAAGUGUGGGGCUUUGGUGUCCUCAGUGUUUCACUGAUUAACCUGGCCUCUGUCCUGGGAGUUCUCGUCCUGCCCUGCACGGAGAAAGCGUUUUUCAGCCGUGUGCUCACUUACUUCAUCGCCCUGUCCAUUGGAACGCUGCUCUCUAACGCACUCUUCCAGCUGAUCCCAGAGGCUUUUGGUUUCAACCCUCAGGAAGAUGAUUAUGUGUCAAAGUCUGCAGUGGUGUUUGGGGGAUUUUAUCUUUUCUUUUUCACAGAGAAGAUCUUGAAGAUGCUUCUUAAACAGAAAAACGAGCAUCAUCAUGGACAUAACCAUUUUGCCUGUGAUGAACCUUCCAAGAAGGACCAGGAGGAGGGUGUGACGGAGAAGCUGCAGAAUGGGGAUCUGGACCACAUGAUUCCCCAACACCGAAACAGUGAGCUGGAUGGCAAAGCCUCCAUGAUUGAUGAAAAGGUCAUUGUGGGCUCGCUCUCUGUCCAGGACCUUCAGGCUUCCCAAAGUGCAUGUACCUGGCUCAAAGGUGUCCGCUACUCUGAUAUCGGCACUCUGGCCUGGAUGAUCACCCUGAGUGAUGGCCUCCACAAUUUCAUCGAUGGCCUGGCCAUUGGUGCCUCCUUCACCGUGUCUGUUUUCCAAGGCAUCAGCACUUCAGUGGCCAUCCUCUGUGAGGAGUUUCCGCACGAGCUGGGAGACUUUGUCAUACUGCUCAAUGCUGGGAUGAGUCUCCAGCAGGCUCUCUUCUUCAACUUCCUUUCCGCCUGCUGCUGUUACGUGGGUCUGGGCUUUGGGAUCCUGGCGGGCAACCACUUCUCUGCCACUUGGAUCUUCGCACUGGCUGGAGGAAUGUUCUUGUAUAUUUCUCUGGCUGAUAUGUUCCCUGAGAUGAAUGAGGUCUGCCAAGAAGAUGAAAGGAAGGGCAGCAUCCUGAUGCCCUUUAUCAUCCAGAACCUGGGCCUCUUGACUGGCUUCACCAUCAUGCUGCUCCUCACCAAGUACUCAGGACAGAUCCAGAUCGGGUAGGGCCCAGCCAGAAGCCAGUGGGAUUGGAACAGGGCCGUUCCCGGGACUCGGCAGCCAUGCAGCACCGUGGAAGAGGCAGUUAUAUUAAAAACUGUGACACGGACUGUAUUCCUGCAUUCAAAUGUCAGCUCUUUUUAAAAUACUCUAUCCUAGGAAUAAGCCACCCUGGGAACCAGCCUCUAGGGUAGUGCCUCUCACCUAUUCCUCUCCCACUUUUCUCAGAGUGACUCGGGAACCUGAUUGCGGCUUAGAAGACAAGCCUAAGUUUUUCCUCUGGUUACCCUGGCCUCUUUCUCUUUGAACCAGCACUGAGAGAUUUUCAAUCCUUUACCCUAUAAUGCGAAAAUAUAGCCAGUGUUCAUAACUUGAUUUGAAAUAUUAGGAGAUGAAUCCAUAGUUUGGGGCCCAUAAACUUAAACAUCCAUCCUAGACCUCAAGUCGGCACAUUUUGAAAUGGGGUGUCUAUUUCUACACAAGAGGUACAGGAGAACAGGAUGCCUUCCCAUUUUUUCAAAGUCUGUUCAAUUGUGUAUUAUUCCUCAAGGAGAACUGAAACUAGGAACAUGUGAGUAGAGUAAGAGGCGAUGUGAGGAUAAUCCUGAAUGAGAAGGGAAGUAGACCUGGAUGGAUGACAUGUGUUCCCUAGUGGUGGUGAUUUUUCCCAAUGAGAUGCUGGAUGUUGGCUUUGUGGCAGCACCCCUGAGGUCCAUGGCUGGCCAGGUGAGCUAACAGGUUGCCUGGGUUGCCUCUUCUUUCAGGCUGACACAGAAUGGAGGGAGAUCUGCAAGAAAUCAGUUGGUUUUGUGGUGAUUUCCUCCUUCCUUCUCCCACUCCCAUCUUCUGGGAGAAUUUUUAGCUGCCUCCCUAGAGUUACAUUCUGAGCACAUUUAAGAUGUUUGAAUUACAGGGGAGACUGCACAAACUUCCCUCCUUGGUCAAGACUUCUCCAAAGUGACAAGUUGAUUUUGAGAACUGGAGUGCGGUUUAUGCUCUACUUAGAUAAGGCUAAUUAGAAGUGGAAUCAGUGCAGGCAAGAUUUAGAAUUCGCUAAUGACAUGAAAGUGAAGUACUAGUGAACUCUGAAUGUUAAGUUCACAAACUUUGAUUGGGACACUGCAGGUGAUUGCAGGACAGAGGACUUAACUAGGUUGUGAAUGAGUUUUAAACUGCACUAACUGCUUCCUGCCUCACCCUCAGACAAAAAGGUUGAAUUCUGUUUUGAAUUGAAUAUUAAUUGCUUUAAGUCUCUUCAGAGAAUGGAUGGUUAUGCUUGUCUGUGAAACUGUAGACCAGCCUCAGGCCCUGUGAUGCUAUCUCCUCAGAACUCUGGCUUCAGGGUGGAGCUAAUCUCCAGGUUCACUAGGUGAAUUGAUUUACUAUUAUCAUAUUGAUAAUGUGAGGUUCUUUAGCCACUUUGGGGAGCUAGUAUCUCCAGAAGCCUUUCUCCUUGGUGCCCACAGCUGCAGCCCAGGCCUGUGUUAGCAAACUGAUUUUUGUGUGUGACUGACAAAUUACUGGUCCAUUGCCAGCACCUGUGAGUUUUUCUGUACUUAGAAAAUCCUUCCACUGUACAGUAAUUAAAAGCCACAUCUAUUUUGUUUAUUCUUCUUGGGGAACUUUCCUCAAACCAGGAAUAUCCUUUGAAAAGGACAUGAGAGGGAAAAUUGCCAAUGACACUUUAAGGUUUCCUCCUUGUCUUGCCUGUUGACUUUGAUAGAUUUGAGAAUGGGCUGAAGAAGAAGGAAAACUUUAGUUAUGAAGAUUCUGGAUUAAAUAGCAGGACUGACUCCUGAUAGGAUUAUGGUCCAGUUUUACCAAAGAACCAAUUCCUUUGAAUGCUGGAGUCUAACUUUUUAUAUUAUCAUUGUUAUUGUCACUGUUUAAAACAGUUCUUUGUCUUUCUGUUUUAUUUUUCUCGCAGUGCUUUCAGGAGCUAGGCGAAAAUUAACACUCAACAUCUAAGACUGGAAGAUUUUACUUUAUGUAACUCACAUUGCUAUUUUAAACUUCUAUUUUAGCAUUCCCUGUAGAUCCUGUCAUUCCUUAAAAAUGCCAUUUGUCUUGGAGUAGAAAACUAAGAGUUGGUGGGUUUCUGGUUUAGGAGAGGAGUUCAAAAAUAGAAUCGUUUUUAACAAACUGAAAAAUAAAAUAUGGAAAUAGUAGAGUGCUUUCCCUUUUCUUGCAUACUUUUAAAAGCUUUCCUUUCAUAGACAGCUGCCUCAAAGGGAAAUCCUCUUUAACCUGUAAUUGGUGCAGAAGCCCUGUUGCCUGUCAUAGUCAGAGCUUAGUAUCAGGGGCGGGGACACUCAAAUAGUCCAACUGAUUGUAAGUUGCCAUUGGCAACAGAUUUGCCUCAUGGGUUAAAAAUGUGGCAAUUUCUUUUUGAAUUUUAAGUGUCAAAUUUGCUGUUUUAAGCAUUUGUACAUAUUAGAAAUCUAAGGAGUAAUGAGUUAUUUUGAGGACUUGUUUCACCCCUGGCAUGAGCAUCUUCAACCUCUUUUCUCUGGAUGGACCAGCUCCUAUUAACUUUAUAAGGAAAAGUAUAUGUCACAUGCAGGAAUGAUAACUCAAGGACAAGGGUUCUGCUGCUUCUCACCCUUGCUCCUAGAAUGCAGGUUGUCUUCUGUCCUUGUCCCCAAAGGUAUUUUGUGUCUAGUGUCAAUUUGGGACUACCGCAUUGGUCCUUCACCCUGGGUUUAAAAAAAAAGGCUUAUCUGUUUGGGUGUCCUAAGGUAUAUUUUUAAUAAGUCCUCUUCCAAAGAGUUAGUAAUAAUGCUGGAUAUCUGCUUAAAAAAAAAGAAAGAAAGAAAGAAAGAAAGGGUUGUUUGGUUUUUGCAAAAGAGAGAGGUUGGGUUUUCACUGUUCAGUUUCCCUUUAUAGUUCUACAAUUCCAUCACAGUAUUUUUUUUAAACUCAGGUGUUAUGAGAAGAAAUUAGAAAAUAACUUAUGUGAUGUGGACUAUAAAUGUUUUAUUUGUAAGAUUCUAUCAAUAAAGCUAUAUUCUGUAA